AUGGCAAUCAAUAAAGACCAUAUUCCAGAAUUCAAAUUAAUUUUGAUCGGCGAUAGUGGUGUUGGUAAAACAACAUUUGUUACACGAUAUAUAAUAGCUGAAUAUGAACCGAAGUAUAUAAGCGACUUUCCUUUUAGUGUGCAUCCAUUAAAAUUUUAUACCGAUUUGGGUGAAAUAAUUUUUCAUGUUUGGGAUACAGCAGGUCAAGAAAAAUUUGGUGGUGUACGUGAUCGUUAUUAUCUCGGUGGACAAUGCGCUAUUAUGAUGUUUGAUGUAACAUCACGGAUGAGUUAUCGAAAUGUUCCUCUAUGGCAUAAAGAUAUAAUUCGUAACUGUGACAAUAUUCCAAUUGUUUUAUGUGGAAAUAAGAUUGAUGCGAAAAAUCGAAAAUUAAAAGCUAAAUCAAUAACAUAUCAUCGAAAAAAUAAUGUGCAAUAUUAUGAGAUUAGUGCUCUGUCAAAUUAUAAUCUUGAAAAACCAUUUCUUUUGUUAGCACAAAAACUAACUGGAAAUAAUAAUCUUCAAUUUGUUUCCCAAGUUCCAUUAUUACCGCCUGCAAUACAUUUGGAUCCGGAUAUACUUCGAGAAAAUGAACUUCAAUUAAUACAAACAACAUCUCAUCCAUUACCUAAUGAUAAUGAUGAUGAUGAUGAUGAUUUAUAA